AUGUUAUCACAUCAGCUUCAAUCGGUAAGGAACGCCGGUGUCCCCAUGUUUAUGAACCAGCAGGGUUCCGGUUCUGGUUCUGGUUCUGGUUCGUUGGCGUAUGCAGGUGGAGGAGCUACGGAUUACAACACGGGAUCUAGUCAGUUAUAUAUGGGAGACUUGGACCCGAAUUGGGAUGAGAAUGUUAUCAGACAGAUUUGGCGGGAUUUGGGUGAAAGUAAUGUCCACGUGAAGAUGAUGUGGAAUUCUAAUUUGGGUGUAAAUCAAGGGUAUUGUUUCGUAGAGUUCCCAUCAAUGGAACAUGGGAAUAAUGCGCUGUUGAAGAAUGGGAUAGUUAUUCCUGGGUUUCCUCAAAGGAGACUGAAAUUGAAUUGGGCUUCGGCGGGAGCCAACGGUAAUAAUAGUGGGUUUUCUGUGUUUGUGGGUGAUUUGUCCCCCAAUGUUACAGAAGCUCAGUUGUUUGAAUUAUUCAUUGGAAGAUACCCAUCUACGUGUCAUGCUAAGGUUGUUCAUGAUCAAUUGACUGGUGUUUCCAAAUGUUAUGGGUUUGUGAAAUUUAACAGUGCUACAGAUCAACAACGUGUGUUGGUGGAAAUGCAAGGUGUCUUUCUUAAUGGUAGAUCCAUUAAAGUAGGGCUCACAGGUGGUGCCCAUAAUGACAAUUCCAAUACAAAUUCCAUGGCAGGUGGUAGAAGUAGGUUUGGUGGCAUGCCGCCCAAUUCUGCAUCCACCGUUAGUAGCGGUAAUAGUAAUAAUCGUAAUAUGACACCAUUGCUAAACUCCUCACAAUUCAUGUACCCAGUCCAACAACAACCGACGUUGAACCAUCUCACAGACCCGAACAAUACGACAGUAUUUAUUGGUGGACUUUCAUCGCUAGUAUCUGAAGAUGAUCUACGUCAAUAUUUCCAGCCCUUUGGCGAUAUUAUAUACGUUAAGAUUCCCACGGGGAAAGGAUGUGGAUUUGUUCAAUACGUUGACCGCCUCUCUGCUGAGCUGGCUAUUUCCAAGAUGCAAGGGUUCCCACUAGCUAAUUCAAGAAUAAGAUUAUCGUGGGGCAGAUCAUCGAAACAACACAAUAAUAGCAACAACAAUAACGGCCAAUAUCUGCAGCAGCCCAACAUGCAACAGCCCACAUAUGGGUACAUACCCAAUGGAAGUAUUCCCUUCAGUAAUGAACCCGUAUACCUGCCCCGAACCGACAAUAGUGUGCUAGGGUACCAGAACGGGAACGCCGCAUACGUGGCGAACGGGUCCUCCGGUGCUGGCUACGACCAGAGCACGGUGUUUGACCGGUUAGAGAGGGGCAGCAACGGGUCCAUGUUCACGUGA